GACUCCACUUGCAGCUAGCGCAAGCUCAUUGUUGUCUGAGUGAAGCGGAAUCGAGCUUUCAGCCUUCAGUUGUCACCGAUUCGAUGCCGUUUUUGAAAGGAAACCUAAUAACUAGCGAUCUUAUUGUUGUUUGUUGAAUUGUAAAUGUCUCUGGCGGUUGGUCGCGAGGAUACUUCAGCAGCGCGCGGCUGAGAAGGGGGCGGGGGGAGUGCUGGAAGCUGCAGUGCGUCAUGUCCGAGGAGAAGGCGCCGCUGAUCGGGCCCGCGCUGCCCCCCGGAUACAGGACUGCGCGAGGACAGCAGCAGCACUCGGAAUGCGACCGCCGGCGGCGUUCCAAAGCGGCAUUCGACGAGACAGUUGCAGGACCAGCAUUGCCUCCAGGAUUUCAGUCGAGCAAGAGCUCUGACAGUUCAGGUGAUGAGGAUGCCACUAUCCGCUGUGCUGAAGAGAGGCGGCAAAGCUCACCACUGGAGUUGAGGAAAUCCGCCGACUUAACUAUAGAGGAAUGUAACGGCAAGUCAAGAGACAGCAAGCAGCCUGCUGCCCCCCAGGAUGAUGAUGAUGAAGAUGAUGGAUUUUUUGGCCCCGCUCUUCCCCCAGGUUUUCCAAAACGGGAGCAAUCGCCUGAGCGGCCUUUUAUAGGUCCCGCAUUACCACCUGGAUUCAGUAGGUCAGAAAAAGAGAGAGAACCAGCUGUACCCUCAAGUUUAAGCACAUCGUACGCAGAAGAAGACAGUGACGAGGAGGCCCUAAUCGGCCCAAUGCCCUCAGCAGCUGCUGCUGAAAGCAACAUGGUGGCAGAUAUUGAACGCAGAGCGAACAGAAUGAAAGAAAAGCUGGCUUCUGGUAAUGCGGAUGAUACCCAGAAACAGGCCAGAGAGUCUUGGAUGACUGAGCUUCCACCGGUCUUACAAAACAUAGGCCUGGGCGCAAGAACAUUUAAGAGGCGUGCGAAUGGAGAGUCAUCUGACCGCUCCAUAUGGACAGAUACUCCAGCUGACAAGGAAAAGAAAGCUCAGGAAACAUCAAAAGCCAAAGACUGCCCAGCAAAGGAACCUCAUCGGCCCAGUCUCUCUGAAAGAGAUAAACGGAUGGCCAAAGAGGUGGCAUCGUACAAUGAAUCUAGACGAUCGGAGUCCCUCCUCGAUAUGCACAGCAAGAAGUUGAAGAGAAAAGCAGAAGUCGAGAAGGACAGACCCCAGGAGCGACGGGCGUUUGAUCGUGAACAGGAUCUGCAGGUUCACCGGUUUGAUGAAGCCCAGAAGAAAGCCCUGAUCAAGAAGUCUAAGGAGCUUAACACCAGAUUUUCACAUGGAAAAAGCAACAUGUUUCUGUAAAAAAAGAAAAAAAUUACUGGCAAAUUGCAGAUUUAGAGCAACUGCAGUCAGUCUAUAGUUUAAGUCUGUUGUAAUAUUUCUGUAUUGUAACUAUAAUGUUUCAAACUGAUGUGUCGUAUGAAUAGCAGAUCUCUUGUUAUAAAGUAUUCUUUGUUUAAUUUUGAUUAACCUGAAUAAAGGUGAAACAGUUUUA